AUGAGUUUGGCGCUUAAUUUCGAACGUAAAUGUCGCACCUGUGGUACGGAUAUCUUGGAGCUGACAUGUGGCAUACCGAUCUUCGGCAGUGGACUUCAGCUGGACCACAAGAUUCAACGCUAUCUAGGAUUGAAUAUAUCCCUCCACGAUAAUCUCCCCAAAUGUUUGUGUGCCACCUGCUUCAUUAAAAUCGAAAGCAUCGAUAAGUUUGCCAUCCUAGCGAAGAAAACGGAGGAAGCCUAUCUCGGUUGGUUCAAAUGUAUUCGAGCAAACAUGGCGAAACGAUAUAAUUCCCUGCAGCCUGGACAGCAACCAAGCGUAUCAGUAGCAUCAACUGCCCUUGGAGCUGGCUCAGGCUCACCCAAAAUUGACUACGGCUUGCUAACAACAACCAUUGGUGAACAGAUCGCGCAAGGUUUUCCGAGAAACGCUGAAACAAACGAACUGCAGGCGAUCAAAAUGAUCAAACCAGAAAUUUCGAUCAUUUCCUACAGUGAUCUUAAAAUAGGACUACUGAUUAAGGAUCAAGAACUGCUGAAACUAAUCCUCAAAGCUUUGCGGUGGGCUGAACACGACCAGAAGGCUUCGUACGAGGUGUUGAUACAACGGUUGAAAAACACUACGUUUAGGGAAAUCCUCUCCAAUCACAACUUGUUGAAUGAUAGCGAUCUUACCCAACUUUUGAAGUCCUAUAUCGGGCAGGAAGCGUAUAACAAAUUCACAGCCGGCAACGUUAGCCCGGACGUUUGCAGUCUGAUGAGCUCACGGGCAGCAACAAUACAACCGGUGAUUGCGUCACACCCUUCUACGGCGAUGGCGACGUCUUCGUGCAGUUUAACCAGUUAUAAAAUAGACGAAAAUAGUGUAACCCAAAUGGAGGUAGGGGUCGAUCCCAGUUUGUUUCUGGAUGAUGAAGAAUCACAAAACCGAUCCAAGGCGGAAGCCGCGCAGAAACCGCAGGAGAGUGUUGUCACGAUUAAGUUGGUUCCGGCGAAUCUAACAAGCAGUGCUACAACGAAUGAGAAGAUGAUACCAGCGAUCUUAAAGUAUGACGUUCGCAGUAAUGGCAACCAUAUAUGUACAAAUUGUCCGGCAACGUUUGCCACCAAUACAGAUCUUCAGCAGCACAUUGUAACAUCUCACUUAAUAAGUUGUAAAAAACAGCUACUGGCUGAGAGUUUUGUUGAUAAAAAGAUGAUAAAGAUCAGAGUUAAAAAACACAAACUAAAAACCCCACAGCAAAAGAGCGUGAAACCACAGGAAAAUAACGAAACUCCAACGAUCCCAAUAUCAAUUCCCCCGGCAACAACGAUCACAGUUAUUCCUGCUCCAGUGAAAUCUAUUGAGCCGAUACAACCUGAACCGAGGACAGAAGUAACGAAAGAUCUCAAAAAACAAUUGAAACUACCUGAACUACAGCAAACCAGUACAAAACAACUCCAGAAAAGUGCUCCGAAAAAUCAAACAAAAUCAAAAAGGAAACCCGAACAAAAGCUAACCAUCAAAAUAGAUCAAAUCCUGUCCAAGCGAACACGCAGCCAGCUAGGCUCAUCCGGUUCCGGUUCCAGCAGACGCUCGAAGCUAAUCUGCACCGUUUGCCGGAAACGUAUGCCAUCAAAGGCGGAACUUAAAAGCCACAUGGAGUCACACCUGGCCAAGGGAAAGUACACCUGUGAGAAGUGUGACCGAGUGUUCAACAGUGCGCUGAAUCUCUCCCGUCACCGACAGUACCACGCGGGGGAGAAAUUUUCCUGCGACCGCUGCCGACGGGUUUAUCCCACUAGCAGUACGCUCCGGGCGCAUAAAGUUACCCACAGCGAUGCCAGACCGCACAAGUGUCAAACGUGCGGUAAAACGUUCAAAAGGAAUCAGGAUUUGAAGUUUCACAUGAAUCAGCACACCGGAGCACGACCCUACAAAUGUCCACAUUGCACGAAAUCCUUUGCCAGCUCAGGAAACUGUUUCUCCCACCGGAAACGAAUGCAUGCCAACCAGCUUCCUGCUGAUAGCAUAGAAAAGGAGAAUGUUGUAACUAGAUCUAGCAAAAAGUGUUGAACAAUAUGUACCUAUUUAUAUGUUUGUAACGUUAAAAGUGCAAUUCAUCCCCACUAAACUAUCCUCCGUUGGUU